CUGGCGCAGCGGGGCGUGGAGCGCGACGUCUGGUUUUCGGCGGGAAUUGAAACCGCCACAGCUGCUCCCCAGCUCCAGAGCACUGCUGCUCUAGGCAGGGCACCAUGGUGCGUCCUAUCAGAAAUAGAAAACCAAUAAAUUAUUCACAGUUUGAAGAUUCUGGCAAUGACUCUGAUGAUGAUUUUAUUUCUUCAUCCACACCUGUAAACAAGUCAAAAACUGUGCCAAAGGUAUUAAAGCAAGACAAACCAAAACCUAACUUGAAGAAUCUCCAAAAAGAAGAGGUCUUACCAACAGAACCCCCUAAAAAAAGGUGAGAGGGUGGCUUUAGAUGACAAGGUCUUCCAAAGAGGUCUAGAAGUUGCCCUGGCUUUAUCUGUGAAGGAACUUCCAACACUCACCAACCAAGUAAAGAAGUCCAAAGAGAAAAGCACUGACAAACAAGGCAAAGAGAAAACAGAAAAUACGGGUAAACCUCCUCAUGUCUCUAACUGCAGUGUAGCCAGUGAUGAUGUAGGUAAGUUUUGAUAUUAAUAACAGUUUUCAUUCACACUGCUAUUUUUCUCACUUAAGUUUUUAUACUCAUAGCUAGAACAGCCUUCCUUGUUAACAGUCUUCCUAUGAUAAGGCUCUCUCUCAUCUCCUGGCCUUUGUUUCUUUAAGCUUUCGUUUUGUUCUCUGACUGAGGACCUGCUGUCUUCCACACUAGGCAGUCAUGACUACUCAAGCCCUUCAUCCCACAGUAGGUGCCCACUUAAGAGAGGGCUGCAUCUUCCCAGGAACAUCUGGGAAAUUCUUUGGCAAUGACUCACUGGGGUCUCAGACUUACCCUUAAAACCAGAGUCUGUUCCUGGGAGACUAAUGGACUCUGUCCCAGCAUGGCCUGGUAGUGUGUUACUAGGCGCAAAGGAGGGCAGCAGAGGUCCUAGAGUCUGCCUGGAGUUCUCAGUGGUGUUCGUGUCUCCAGAAGAUUUGGACAAGAUCACAGAGGAGGGGGACGCCUCGAGUGUUGAAGGGGAGAGGAAGUCACCAUCUCAAGCCAAGGCUCCGCGGAGGAGAGCACCUUCUGAAGGCAGCGAUGGCAGCAGUGCUAACGACACGGAGUCGGAGAGCGCCACUGGUGAAGGUUCAGAAAGUGAUCCUGAUUUUGAUGAGAGUAAAGAAAGUGAUGAAGACUUUGGUGUGAGAAGAAGUAAAGAAUCAAAGAAGAAAACAGUGCAGAAGAAACCUGCAGGGGAAAAGAAGGAAAGGAAAUCAAAACCCAAAUGUGAGGCAUCAGUGACUUCAGUAGACCCAGCUCCAGCUGCCAUCAAGUCAGGAUCUCCAUCUUUACCCCAGGCAGUUGGUCUUCCUUCUGAGGCCACUAGGAAACCAGCAAUAAUGUGCAGCCCUUCAGCUGAAAGCAAGAGGCCCAAGUGGGUCCCCCCAGCUGCCUCUGGGAGCAGGAACUCUAGCAGCAAUGCAUUGGCAGGAACACCUGCCAAGUCCCCGAGUCAGAGCCUGCGUCUGGGCCUCUCCCGAUUAGCGCCAGUUAAGCGCUUGCAUCCAAGUGCCACAAGCAGCCAAGUGCGGUAGCAGGAAAGGACUGCUGGGACCCUUGGGACUGCAAGCAGGGUUGUCAUAUUCAGCUUCCACAUAAGAGAACCUUUAAUGGGUCACAUGAAGGACCAUGUCUGUGUGUGAUUCUGGUCUCAUCAAAGCCUUUCUGUCCUUCAGCAAAGGGUUCUGGGACCUCUCCUUGUGGCACUCCUGAAGAGUGUGUUGUGUUUUCUUGUGUUUAUAAGCCACUGUCACUCGGGCUCUGCGGCACGUCUGUAAUCACAUGUCUCCCAGCUCUGGCAUGGGAGCAUCCUGGGUCCUUCAGGAGGCAUUGCUGAAAUCUUUCCCAUACUACAUUUCUUCAGGUUUAUUCCAAGCUUACUCUCUUUGUCUAGGUCUUUUUAGUAAGAAUUCUGCUUUUGUACAUAUUAACAUGUUGACUCUACUGCAGCAUGUGUUCCUACAUGGGACAGGUGGUUAGUGUACAGCAGAUAGAAUCUCAUGACGCUGUAUGAACUUUUCAAAACCUUUAAUAAACAUGAAAAGAUGUAAGCUAUGCUCAUUGAUACCAUGUAUGUACCUGCAUGUGUACGUGUUGCUAAAAUGAGUCUUCUGUGGUCAAAAUAAGCAGGGGGAGGAGUGUCUUCAUCAUUGAGAUGAAGCCCAAGGUUGAAAGCUGUCACCUCCACGCCCCUGUCACAGCUGAUGCAUCGUCUCAGGAAGCUCUGGUUUACUGUCAGUAAAAGCAAUUAUUUUUAUAGUAAGAAAUCAACUUGUUUCUGAUUACUUUAAUAAAGUCUAAUGUUUACUGUAAAA